CUCGGACGCCUCCGCAGCGCCCCCUGCCCCUCCACCCUCAGCGGUCCACGCCGCGGGAGUGCUGGUCGGGUCCCCGUCUUCUUGGGGGCCUGGAGCUCUCCCAUCCCGAUUCGGGUCGCCACCCCUCCCCAAUCCGCAGUGAAGAGGGGCUCGCGCCCGCGGCCACCCCCCGAUCCACCCGCAGGAGCAGGGCAGCGGGGACUGCCGCGGCCGGGCGCUGACAGGGGCGUCCCUGCCGGGCCCGCCCCCGCGCGCGCCGAUUGGCCGGGGCGGCCAUCAAUCGCGGACGUUGACGCCCGCCUCGCUCGCUCGCCCGGGUAGCCACGUUCGGUUGAGCUCCAAGUAGACCAGCGGCAGCGGCGGCGGCAGCAGCGGUGCCGGAGGCGCAGAGGGCGGCGCAGGCGGAGCCGGGCGGGCGCGCGAGCGAGCGAGCGAGCGGGCGAGCGAGCGGGCAGCCGUGCGGGCGGCGGCGGCGGCGGCGGCACCCGAGGCCGAGCCGGCGCGGGAGGAGUUCCAGGGCGAUGGGGCCGCGGCCGGGGCUGACGCUUUGACAGCUGGAAAGAGCGCGGAGCCAGCGCCUGGGGGGGAGGGAGGGGAGCGCGGCGAGGAGAGCGCGAGCGAGUGAGCGAGCGCCGGGGAGGGGGCCGGGAGCGUGGGGCAGCUCGGGAGCGCCGGAGCGGUAGCGGCGGCGGCGGCGGCGGCGGGGCUCGGCGCCCUCUUCUCUGCAAACCAUGUUUGCCAAAGGCAAAGGCUCGGCGGUGCCCUCGGACGGGCAGGCUCGGGAAAAGUUAGCUUUAUACGUCUACGAGUAUUUGCUGCACGUCGGAGCACAGAAGUCUGCACAGACCUUCUUAUCGGAGAUUCGAUGGGAAAAAAACAUCACUUUGGGAGAACCGCCGGGGUUUUUGCACUCGUGGUGGUGUGUAUUUUGGGACCUCUACUGUGCAGCCCCUGAAAGGAGAGACACUUGUGAACAUUCAAGUGAAGCAAAAGCCUUUCAUGAUUACAGCGCAGCAGCUGCCCCGAGCCCCGUGCUCGGCAACAUUCCCCCCAACGACGGGAUGCCGGGGGGCCCCAUCCCGCCCGGCUUCUUCCAGGGUCCUCCGGGGUCACAGCCCUCGCCGCACGCACAGCCUCCACCUCACAAUGCUAGCAGCAUGAUGGGAGCCCACAGUCAGCCUUUUAUGUCACCGCGAUACGCAGGCGGCCCCAGGCCCCCGAUCAGAAUGGGAAACCAGCCUCCAGGAGGAGUCCCUGGGACACAGCCGCUGCUGCCCAAUUCCAUGGAUCCCACGCGGCAACAAGGCCACCCCAACAUGGGAGGAUCGAUGCAGAGAAUGAACCCUCCCCGAGGCAUGGGGCCCAUGGGGCCUGGCCCACAGAAUUACGGCAGCGGCAUGAGACCACCACCCAACUCCCUCGGCCCCGCCAUGCCCGGGAUUAACAUGGGCCCGGGAGCUGGCAGACCCUGGCCCAAUCCCAACAGUGCUAACUCAAUUCCAUACUCCUCCUCGUCGCCCGGUACCUACGUGGGACCCCCUGGUGGUGGUGGCCCCCCAGGAACGCCCAUCAUGCCUAGCCCUGCAGAUUCCACGAAUUCCAGUGACAACAUCUACACAAUGAUUAAUCCGGUGCCGCCUGGAGGCAGCCGCGCCAACUUCCCGAUGGGUCCCGGCUCGGACGGCCCAAUGGGCGGCAUGGGCGGCAUGGAGCCCCACCACAUGAACGGAUCAUUAGGGUCAGGCGACAUAGAUGGACUUCCAAAAAAUUCUCCUAACAACAUAAGUGGCAUUAGCAAUCCUCCGGGCACCCCUCGGGACGACGGCGAGCUGGGCGGGAACUUUCUUCACUCCUUCCAGAACGACAAUUACUCUCCAAGCAUGACGAUGAGCGUGUGAGCCCCUUGUCCGCGACGCUGAGAGCCGGCAUUGCAGGCGGGAAGACGCCAGGAAUUAUGCAAGAAGAAGUGAGGUGUUGGUGCCCAGGAGCCGGGGAGGCCGCUCCCCACCCCCGCCCCGCCCCCCGCCUGUCCCUGUUUUAGUUUCAUGCAAUAAAAAGGCCGAACUUUUUAUUCCAUAAAACGUGAAGGACAGAACUCAAAAUAAAAAUAUAUUUCAAGUCAACACCAGAAAAACCCUGCCCCUCGCCCUUUCCGAUGGGAGCUUUUCUGUACAUGACACUUUUAUUUUUGUUUUUGUUUUUGUUUUUGUUUGGGGUUUUACCGUUAUUGGGAUUUUUUUUUUAAUUUUCAGGGGGAUUUUUUGGGGGGAUUUUUUUAAAUGGAAGCUUCUAGCAAGCCCCUCACCCCACCCCACCCCAGUCAACCUCUUUUUUUCUUUAAAAAAAAAAAAAAGGAAAAAAAAAAAAAACAACCAAACCCACCAGCCCUGCCUCUGUACCCAAGCCCUUCCUUCCACCAGGAAAGCUAGUGUAGGUGUGAAGCCUACUACACUGUCUUUGUAGCCAUCCAAAAAUAAUAAUAAUAAACUGGACAGUUUACAAUUGGUGGUUUCUUUCAAAAAGCCUUUUUUGGAAAGAGAAAAAAAGGAAGUCACCUUUUUCCACUUGGGGUUUUCGGUUUGGGCGAUGCUUACGGAGGGGUGUUCUGGCCAAGCGGGCAGUGGCCGCAUCCUCAAACCCAGAACCCGUCUCAUCGUGGGGCCUGGCCGCCCGCCCUCUCCCAGGAUCGAGCCCCGCCGGCGUGUACUGCGACCCAAGGACUGCUGCCGGCCCCUCUCCCGGACCUCUCCUGCCCCUCAUCAGCCCUCACGCCACCGUCUUCCCAGCGAGACUCCUGCCAGCAGGGUGGUGGCAGCCGGCGCAGUCGGAGAGGCCGCCGCCGCCAGGACGGCUAUGACCUGGGAUGUGGAAACUGUGACCUCCACUUUCUGGUCCCAGGACCCUCGGCUCCUUGGCACAGGCACGGGCAGGGUGGGCUGGAGUUUGCAUUUUCUUGUUUUUAUUUUUUUUUCGUUUGUUUUGUUUCGUUAUUCUCUUCGUCCUUCUUUUGAAAGAUGGGUUGUUGACCAGAAUUGCUGUGUAUAUGCUUAAACUGGAGGGGGAGACUUGGAAAAGCUGUGGGGGGUGGGGGGACACCAACAACCAAGCGGACGUGCUGUUUCCGGUCCCGUCUUUAUUUUGCAGAGCCACCGAGCCUGCUGUGGCCCGUGCCCUCCCGGGAGGGGUGCCAGCAGCCACCUCGCCUCGCCCACCAUUGGAACCUCUGUGUCUUGCCCUAAAGACACCCCGAUUCUUUGUACAUUGACACUCCCUCCUGCCCGCCCGCCCGCCCGCCCCGUAGCUGGUCUUUGUUUUGCCCCGCCCUUUCUGAUCCAUGUAUAUCAUAUUCUGUGCGAUAUCAUCUGCCUGAAAAAAGACCUUGUGCGGAUUAUUGGGAACAUUGUAGCUGUUUCUGUGUUUUUCUUACCUUGUAGUCUGGUUCUGAAUUAAGAGAGGAAAAAAAAAAGUAAUUAUGAUACAUUGUAGUUUGUGUACGAUAUAUGUUGAUACGUUUUAUUAAAGGGACAUCUUUUUCCGCAA